ACGCUGCAAAUCCCGCAACCAUCGUCCGUACGGCGAGUUACGACCAUUACCAAUCCCGUUGAGGUGAAGGGAAGCGAUUGCCAUGGACAUUCCCGGCCCGUUCCCCAAGCACAAGACCGGAGUGGAUGGGAUUCUCACGGUGGUCGACCGACUCACCAAGUUCGCCAUGUUUUUCCCUUGUUACUAUCAUGCCAAGGCACCGGAGUUGGCCGAGGUUCUUUACGCCGGUUGGUUUCGAACCAAGGGUUACCCCAAGGAGAUCGUCUGCGACCGCGACACCCGGUUCAUGUCCGAUUUUUGGUUGGCGCUCAUCAAGCGAUGGGGCUCAUCUCUCAGGCCCAGUUCAGCUCGCCACCUUCAGACCGAUGGCCAAACGGAGAGGGCGCACCAGACCGCACAGGUUCUCCUUCACACUCUCAUUCAUCCGGACCAGAAGGACUGGGUUGAGCGGCUGCCGGAUGUCGAGUUGACCUACAACUCCUCUAUCCACCCGGCUAUCGGGAUGUCGCCCUUUGAGUUCGAGCACGGCUCGCCGGUCACUUCACCGUUGGACACUAUUACUCCACGAACGACCGAGAGUGACGACCAUCUUCAUUUCUGGCGUCGGAUGCAAGAACUUCUUAUCAAGGCACGCGACCAGAUGGCCAAGGCGCAGCAGCGCAUGAGCCAGCAGGCCAAUCAUCAGCGUCUUCCUUGCCCAUUCUGCGCCGGCGACCUCGUGUGGGUUUCCACAGCGGAAUUCAGCCUUGAACAAGACAUCUCUCGCAAGCUCCUCCCGAAAUGGAUGGGGCCUUGGCCGAUCGUAGCACCCGCUGGGGACUCACCUGAGGGACCUUCCUUCACGAUUCAGGUGCCCGACCACUUGCCCGUCUACCCAGUCUUUCAUUGCUCCAAGUUCGCUCUAUACACGCCAGCGGAACAUGACGAUUUUCCCGGGAGACGUUCCCAAGACCCACCCUCUAUGGACGGCUUUCAGGAGGUCGGCGACAUCAUCUCCCAGCGACGCUACGGCAACAGGCCAACCGAGUAUUUGGUGCAUUUUGCAUGCUGCACACACAGAGUUGACCGUUGGUUGACCCAUCCGGAACUUCAAGCAACAACGCCAGAUGUUCUCGCACGCUAUGAACCGCCAGGCUCCUUCACACUUGGUGAUGGAUACGAUGUAUGUUUGGUCGGCGUUCAAACAUUGAUUGGGCUAGUCAUUAGCAUUCUAGCAUUCUGCUUCGCUAUCUUUUGCUACGUGAAUGAGGUGACAGAGGAUGGAUUCAGAAGGAGGGUUGCAAAACAUGUGGCGGUGGGGUGGGCAUCAGGCGACGAGGGUUGCGACGUAUGCGGGUCUUCCGGUGGGAUGUGUGGCACCGGAGAGGGGGGAGGCAGACGUAUUGUCGAUGCUAAAUGGGUCACCGGUGGGGUGGAGAUCGUCACCAAUGGGAUGGCCGACAGACUAGUCGUUGAUGCCGGGAUGGGUGGAGGUGAUGAGGGUGGCCGACUCAAGGAAGGUGUGAGGUCGGAGAUUGGCGUGAUGGCGGUUGGUCAUUUCAGUUUACCACCAGCGAGCGACACUGUCGAGGAGUCUGCUGCCGACGAUGGGGAGCCAGUGGACGACAGGGAUAUUGCGGAGGGAGAAGCAGCGAGGGAAACAACACUAGCUGCAAGUCAGGCGUUGGCAGCAGCAAACGCCGCAGCUAGGGAACAGGCAGCAGCAGCAGCCAGUGCAGCAGCAAUGGCUACCGCGGCAGCAUCCUCUGCUGCAUCCUCGUCUGGGACCCUGUUGGGAAUGCCCUCGGGGCCCACAGGUACUUUCGGAUCAGGACAGCAGCAAGGUCAAUGGUACCCAAAGACCCCAAUGAAACCGCCCCUUGCCUUCUCCGGUGAGAAGAACGACGAGGAACUCAACACAUGGUUGAGAACAGUUCCAAUGUGGGUAAGGGCAAAGAGGACAUUGCAGGAGGAGGAGGUGAUUACUGCUGCAUCUUACCUUGAGGGUAAGGCAGCCAAAUGGCUGGAUGGGAUAGUAGCGAAGGCCGGGUUCGGACGACGCAUGGCAGAUUGCGGUAAGACCCUCACUUUAGAAGAGUUCUUAGAUAUGGUAGAAGCUCGCUGGCAUAAUCCGCAGCAGGCACAAAUUGCCACUGACGCGAUGUUGAGNGGUAAGACCCUCACUUUAGAAGAGUUCUUAGAUAUGGUAGAAGCUCGCUGGCAUAAUCCGCAGCAGGCACAAAUUGCCACUGACGCGAUGUUGAGACUGGACCAGCGAAAGUACAAGUCGGUCAGAGAGCUAACGUCUACCGUAGAAAACCUCAUCGUCGUUCCCGUCAUACGCUACGAUGACCAGGUCUUAUUGACCAUGUUUCUGAGAUGUCUGCCCGAGAAUCUCAGGACCUCACUGGCCAGCAAGGCUCGCCUCGAGUAUCCUUCCUUUGAGACCUUCUCUAGAAAGGCCUUAGAUUUGGAGGCUACUCUAGGAAGUGCUCAUCCUACUCCAGUAGACGGGAGGAAGAAGAAGAGUCCACAGGAAUGGAAGAAGAAGGGUAGUAGAUUGAUGAUGGUUGAGUCCGAUGGGACCCAAACUGAAAUCGAAGAACUUACCGACCUGAUGGACGGUUCAAAGUACGACGGCGAGGAAGUCGUUGAGGGUAGCACCCUCGCCGCGGUAGUAAAGACUAAGGCAGGUGGCAGGGGAAAGGGCCAUCAAAAGAGUCAAGGGCAGACCGCCUCCAAUCAGUCCAAAGUAGCAGAUUGGGUUGAGGCAGGUCUUGAUCAGGAAGUGUGGCGGGACAACCGAGUGUGUGGUACUUGCAUCAACUGUGGUGAAUACGGACACACCCAGUACAAGUGUAAGAACGCAAAGACCCUUAAAUGGAUCAAGACUCAACCGGCUCUUUCUGAUGCACUCAAGCGCUGGAUUGACGGCAUAGAUCAGUAUGACUUCAAGCUAGAGUAUAUGAAGGGCGAGUACAACAAGGUUCCAGAUGCGCUGUCACGUAGGGCAGACUACCUAGGGGCGCUAGUUUCUGAGUUUGGCGUAUCUGAAGAAGUAACUCAAUCGCUGGUGGGAGCCUAUCAGGAAGACCCUGUCACUAUUGACAUCAUACGCAAACUGCAGGCAAAAGAUAAGGCCACAGAAGAUGAGUUUGUGAUGGUGGACGGGCUACUCUUUCUUGAUAAGGUCGGGUUUAAAAGAUUAGUUGUUCCAUCUAGGGAGCAUUUGCGCAGUUUAUUUCUAGGAGAAUGUCAUGACGCAACUGGACAUUUUGGCUACAAAAAGACCAAUGUCAAUCUAGUACAACGAUUUUGGUGGCCCGGAAUGCUAGAUGAUGCAAAGAGGUAUGUGGAGACCUGUCAGGUCUUUCAGCGGGACAAGCCGCGAACUCAAGCACCGCUUGGGUUGCUGAAGCCCUUACCUAUCCCCGCUGGUCCGGGACAGAGUGUUUCCAUGGAUUUCAUGGACACCCUGGUGACCAGUAAGAGUGGCAAGAGGCACAUCUUUGUCAUCAUAGACCGAUUCACCAAGUACGCUAGACUAACUGCCAUGCCAGAGACCGCAAGGACUGAACACGUCAUCAAGUUGUUUAUGGAUAACUGGGUGCGUGAUUUUGGACUGCCAAAGUCAAUCGUUAGUGACAGAGAUGUCCGCUUUACAAGUGAGUUGUGGAAGAAGACUGCUGAACAAUUGGGCAGUCAACUUCAGAUGACCUCCGGGAAUCAUCCCGAAGCCAAUAGACAGGCCGAGCAGAUGAACAGAGUUGUACAACACCUGUUGAGGCAUUACAUCAAGCCCAGCCAGGAUGACUUGGAUGAGAAAUUGCCUCUCAUCGCCAGCCUGUACAACAACGUUGUACAAAGCAGUACCGGCGUCAUUCCUAACCAGCUGCACUUGGGAUGGAAGCCUAGAUCAGCGCUAGACUUCGUCCUGCCUGAAAACCGACCAUCUGCAACUCUGGGCGCACUUGAGUAUGGUGUGCAGUAUGAGAAGUUGCUACAGCAAGUUGUCGAGCACAUAAGGAAAUCUCAGCAAGCAAUGAUUGCUUCUGAGAACAAACAUUGUCGACAGUCCUCAUUUCAGUCCCAAUGCAAAUGGACCAAGUGUAAGGAGUCACUUUUCAUGGUCAAAGAUGCUCAAGGGAACGAGCUUCCCAUCCUCUUGGAUGAGAAGCACGAGUCCCCAGUGACUUUUAUGAAUGCUAUAAAGGCCCGUGUGGAUGAGCAGUAUGCCACAAUUGGCGACAUGCUACUGGAGCCAAGCGCUGGACUUGGGAAGCGCUGCCUGGAGGAGAAGAGCAGUUGGGUGCUUAGCCUGGCUAUGGCCAUGCUGGACACAGCGAACGAGAGCGAGAAACUGUUCUUUCAGAAACUUUAUGAGGACGCGAUGCACAGAGAGGAGGUAGAAGCAGCAACCAAAGCUACAAGUAUUGCUGCCCAAGUGGCUCUCCUCGAGGUUCUGGAGUCUAGUGAUGCCCGGUUCACAGAGAAGCUAACUGUUGUCGUAGCAGCCUUGGUUCAACUGCGGACCUUGGAAGAUCUCGAGUCCCGUGUGACAGCUCUAGAGCAGCAUAACCAAGAGUUGCAGGUUGAGAUCGUCAACCUCAAACAAGCCCAACUGACUGCCCCUCGUCCUCCUAAUCCUCGUCCUGCUGCAGUCCCAGUCUCUUACGCUAACACACACCUCAUGCAGAGAGCAAGUGGAAUUGUGACGAGCGCAGGAACCCGUGCCAGCUCCUCAAGCGGCAGCGCCGACAGUUCUGCACUGGUCUCAGUCCUCCCAAAUGCGGGAACAUCAGCCCAAAACGCUGCAGUUCUUACUGGCGUACAAUACAGCAGUCCCAUAGUGGACAAGAGGGCGGCCACGCUGCCGUCCAAGUACUACGGGAAGGGGGACAUCACCUCUUGGAUCAACUCCAUGCGCUUAUACUUCGAGGUAUUGUGAACACCUCAAGAAGACCGAAGCAUGGUCAUGAGCACAAAUAUUGAGCCCGUUGUACAGAGUUUC